GAAAAAAAGAAAAGGCAGGCAGAGCUGAUGAUUUGACAGGAGGGUUUGGCAGGGAAGUGUGGCAUUUCAGUCCCAGCGCUCACGCAACACAGAGCUCUCAGAUUUAUCUGCAUCCACUCCACUGGCCAGCGUCCAGGGUGAAACACGCAGAGAGAGGGAGCGGGAGAGAACGAGAGAGACGGAGAGAGAGAGAGUGCGCGCGUGUGUGGCUGGUGUGUCUGACAGAGGGAGCGAGAAGAGAGCAGGGAUAGACAGAGGUAGAGCAGUGAGGUGAAGCUGAGUUUGGACCGAGUAAGUGCAAGGGGGGGCAAAAGUGAAGUGGCCCAGAAAGUCUUGAAAAGUUUGUGUCUUGUUUUUUUUUCUACUACCGUUUCUUUCCCCAUUUUCUCUCUGAACUUGUGCGCGUGGUGCUCUGACUCCUAUCCACUGAGAUUGCCAUGGAGCUGAUAGAGGAUUCAAACCUGCAGCUGGGGCUGCCCGAGCAGCACCACAAGUCUCUCACCGAGAUCUCGGACGACGAGGUCAACCUGCCCCCCUCUGACGAUGAGGAGGACAUAGCCGCCUCCAUCGUGGCUGCCCUCGCCGACUCGACCAAGGACAACGAGAAGGACAACGAGGGGGAGAAGGGAGACGGCCAGGUGAACGGCGUGUUGGUCCUGGCCCUGUUGGACAAGAUCAUCGGGGCGGUGGAUCAGAUCCAACAGACCCAGGCGGGGCUGGAGACCAGGCAGGUGGACAUGGAGCGCUCGGUCUCGGGCAUCCAGGGCGAGCUCACCAAGCUGUCCAAGAGCCACACCAACACGGCCAACUCGGUCAACAAGAUGCUGGAGAAAGUGCGCAAGGUGAGCGUGAACGUGAAGACGGUGCGCAGCAACCUGGAGAAGCAGGCCGGCCAGAUCAAGAGACUGGAGAGCAACGAGGCCGAGCUGCUCAAGAGGAGGAACUUCAAAGUCAUGAUUUACCAGGAUGAUGUGAAGCUGUCCUCUAAAGUGACUGUGGGAAAAUCUAUGAAGGUGGCAGAGCCUGCAGAGGGAGAAGAGGGGCCGGAACUGAAAGCUCUGGAGGAGGGUGGAGAGGGUGAAGGAGAGAAGGCCCAUAUCGACCUCUCCUCCGACGAGGAGGAGGUGGAGAUCGAGGAGACGGUGGAGGAGACGCGAGCGGAGCGCAUCAAGCGCAGCAGCCUCCAGCGUGUGCAGAACAUUAAGACGGCCUUCUCCAGGGAGAAGAUGGAUAAGACCAAGCAGAAGACCAAGGACAACAUGGAGAAGACCAAACAGAACACUAAAGAGCGAAUGGAGAAGACCAAACAAAACACUAAAGAGCGAAUGGAGAAAACCAAGCUGAAGACCAAAGAGAGCCUGGAGAAGACCAAGCAGAAGACCAAGGAGAACCUGGAGAAGACCCGCCUCAACAUAGAGAAGAAGAUGGGGAAACUCAGCACGCGGAUGUCCGUCAACCCAGACCGCAAGGUCAAGAUGCAGACGUCCAAGGACAAGCUGAAGAAGUCCUUCACGCCCGACCACCCUGUCUACGCCCGCUCCGUGACCGCGGUCUACAAGGUGCCACCGUUCACCUUCCACGUGAAGAAGAUCCGGGACGGCGAGGUGGAGCUCCAGGGCACAGAGAUGGUGGAGGUGUCGGGCGACGUGGAGGAGUUGGAGCACACAUGCGACGGCGAGGAGGACGAGGUGGAGAUGGCAGAGAUGGGGGAGAUGCUGACGGAGGACAGCCCCGAGAUGCAGGCCCUAAUGGAGAUGGCUGAGGACCAUGAGCUGGCACUGGCUGACCAUGACCUGGAUAGAGACAGUGACUAGGGUGACUAGAUAUGAGGGCGGGUGGGUGGGUGGGGGUGGGGUGGGAUGUUGCCAAAAAAGAGGGGAGCCAGAGGAACAAGAAAGGAAGGGGCAAAGGGGAAAGAUGAUGGGAGGAGAAUAGUGGUGUGCAGUUUGACUGACAGAAGCAGGACAGGAGAUGAAAAGAGAGAUUUUUUAAAGUAUCAAAUGGGUGGAGGGAGGGUUAGGAACAUGGAAGUGCUAUUUUUGCUGUUUUAUUUCUCUCACUUGUAUUUUCACUUUCUCUCUCUCUCUCUCUCUCUCUCUCUCUCUCACACACACACACACACACACACACACACACACACACACACACACACACACACACAAAUACAGUUGUCCUAACAACCUGACAAAUGACUAUAGAAAAAAGACAAAUGAGGAACUUCUAUGUGGUGUGUAACUGUUUAUUUUAUAACUCUUUAUGCUUAUUUACAAUUUCUUCUAUUCGUUGUUACAUGGCACAGUCAGUUUGUUGGGAACUUUCUGAUUUUGAAACACUGUAAAUUGUGUGUGUUUGUCUUAGAUGAAAUGAUCACUCUGUUGCAUUCAGUGUUAAGGGAGUUUGAUAUGUGAUAAAUGAAAGCGAGAUUGCAGUCGGUGGCUGAGGAAAAUGUCAGCUGUGUGACACUCAGCCAUAAAUGAGGAGGAAGAAUCUAGUAGUUAAAGGUAGAUCAAAUAGCUUUUAGGUGAUGAUAAAUGAAGGUAUAAGAGAUUUCCAUGACGGGUCAACUUUGAAAAAGAAAAAUUCUUAAACAGUGAUCCCUUUGUGUUCCUUUUGUAUGGAUUAUUUCUUAGGGCAAAGUUGUUACAUAUAAAAUUACAAUGAAAAGGAACAGAGUAGGGAUAGAGAUCUCUCAUCACUUUUCUGCUCCCGAGUAACGGUAGUUUCCCCAGUCCAAAAAGCUCUGCCUGGUCUGUGUUCAUAUGUGAUAUUAUGACACCACCUUGUGGCUAUGUGUGGUAGUGUUGGUAGUUCAUCAUAUGUGAUAUUAUGACACCACCCUGUGGCUAUAUGUGGUAGUUGAUCUACCAUCAGUGCAAAGAGUAGUGGAUGUGGACCAUUAUUACAGAGACAUACUAAACUACUGUACAUACCUGUUUGUGCAUGUGGCUUGUUAUUGUUUUGCCCUUAACACACAGGUAUAAUUAAUCCUUUUGGACAUUUCUGACAUUGAGUAUAAAAGACUGAAAAUAUACUCAGAUGUCUGGAAGAAGUUCCUGGCAAUCAACUCGUCUCUUUAGCAAGAAUUGUGUGCUAAGCUGUAUGCUAGGAGUGCUUUAUAAUAGAGGCUCAAAUACUGAGUAGAGCUAUCUGGCAUGGAGCCAUAUUGCCAAGACAACGCGGUUCCAUGUGGAACCAAAAAAGGUUAUUUUUGCAACAGGCACAACUAACACUCACCCAACAGCUUUAAUAUAAGUGUUACUCACAAACUGAUCAAAAAGUAACACAAAAACACACGUGUAACUAUUUUCUCAUUGUAUCUUCAAAUACAUUUGCAGUAUUAUAUUAUUUGCAGGUUGGUGGAAAAGUGAAAGAAAAAGGAGCCAUAGUCCCCCUUGUUUUAUCCUAAAAUGUUUCCUGAUGUGUACAUUUACGACAUUGUUUAUACUUUAACAAUGUGAAUCACUGCUGCCAUACAGUUCUCCAAUGCAUUUUCUCAUCAUUAACAUACUUUAUUUAGCUUAAAAUAGAAUUCACCAUGUAAUAUUUAGUGGUUUAAAAUGGCAAUAUAUUUUUUAAUAUGUUUACAUUUCACCUUUUUUUUUUUUUGCUUGGUCAUGUAGCUUUUGAUGCCUAUGAAUUUUCUCAUAUAUUGAUGACACACUGCCUAACCACUAAUAUUUUAAUAAAUGCAGAUUCACAA